GGAGGGAUCUGGCAGGGACUACACCCAGGAGCAGCCCGAUUUCCUAGGCUUCUCUUUCCUGUCCGAGCAGAGAUUAAAGCGGGGACGUGACGGAGCUGUAGGUUCAGCUGGAGACUAAACAACAUUUGAAAAAAUAACACUACAGCAACUAAACCGAACGCAACCCUAUUUAAGCUUUUGAAUAAAUUGUACAUUUUAACAAAAGACGAAAAUAUGUCCUGGCAGAGCUACGUGGAUAACCUGAUGGCGGAUGGCAGCUGCCAGGACUCCGCCAUUGUAGGGUACACGGACGCCAAAUACGUCUGGGCAGCAUCAGCCGGUGGUACUUUUCUCGGCAUAACGCCUUCAGAAAUAGAUGUGCUUGUGGGCAAGGACCGGGAGGGUUUCUUCACCUGUGGCAUGACCUUGGGUGCAAAGAAGUGCUCUGUGAUCAGAGAUAGCCUUCAUGUUGAAGGUGACUGGACAAUGGAUAUCAGGACAAAGAGUCAAGGUGGAGAGCCAACAUACAACGUUUCUGUAGGCAAAGCUGGCAAAGCAUUGGUUUUAGUCAUGGGAAAGGAAGGUAUCCAUGGAGGGCAACUCAACCAGAAAGCAUAUACCAUGGCUGAUUACCUGAGGAAGUCUGGAUAUUAAGCAGCUUCACCCCAUCCACCUAGCAACUCAUUCUCAUCACCACCCAGUUGCGUUGGCAGUGCUACCAGACUAGUUGGUAGUUGCUUCUUUUUUUUUUUUUUUUUUUUUUUUCUUUUUACACCCUUUUGUUUUCUGAUGUCCUUUGAUGCUUUUCCCCUUCCAUGUUUAUUUAUAUACUUUAACACUAUGUACCAAAUCCCAUUCUGGCACCAUUGUUGCAACAUAGGUAAUGAAUAAGCAUGUUAUACAUUUUAACAUUGCACACAAAAAAAACCAAAAAAAAACUAAAAAACAAAAACACAAAAAAAAGUGGGCCAAUGUUAAAUCUGGGCUUUGCUUAGUGUUAACAUAGAGAACUGCUGGCAAAAAUGAAGAACAACUAAAUUUUAGUAGUACAAUCUUGAAUUGAUCGAUGCACUUUGAGCAGAAACUUAUCUCAAUUAGUCUUCCUUUUCUAGAGCUUGUCUGGGAGAGAGGUUCAUGCAUAUCUUGGCUUGUUUGACUCCUCUCUCUCCCCCACCCCCCCCUUCUCCUUUGUAUUUCCCUUGACAUGCUUGAACCCAAAGGAGACACGCCAAUGUUACACAAGGAGGCAUGCUUUCCUCCAUUAUUAACCACUAUACCUUUCUUAACUUUUAAUAUUGCAGCUGACAUCUGUUUUAGAGUUGCAGAGUCCUGCAUGUAUGCUUUUUGCUGUUGCACUUGGACAUAGUCUUGCAACGUGUCUGAUUAUUUCGAGUGCAAUGGUAAAACUGCAGGUGGCAUUUCCUCCCAUGACCUCUUCAUCACAUCCUUGACUUUAUAAUCUCCAUGGACAUUCCAUCGUUACAAUAGCUCAAGCACUUAAGUAUUGUUUGCCAGCUCCUGUAACAUGUAUUUCACUUUUUUUUUUCUUUUUUUAAAAAGACUGCCAUUUUGGACAGUAAAUAUCCCAACAGAACCACCUGGAGUGUGUCCAGUUUCAAUUUUUUCAUAGGACCAAUUUUAGUUGCAGCUUGGGAUUUUACAAAACUGAUCUACAUUGUUGUAAAGGACAACUGCCAGUUUCAACUACAUACGGGAGAUACACUAUUGUAAUCCAUUGUCUGAUGACCUAAAGUGGUAAAAAACUGCACAAACACCAGUGUGUGAGUUGGGGAUGGCAGUCUCCUCAUUUGACAUUACCCAUUUGUUGCAAAACACUUAAAGCAAAUUGAUCACUCUUGACCCUGUAAGCCCAUGCUGCAGGAAAACUGGAAUAAAUUGCCUUGUGCUCUAGUCAUCGACUGAAAGAUGUGGUAUCAAACUGCCUGUUGAAGCACGGUACUAAAUGUAUGUCCAAUUUAAAAAGAAAAAAAAAAACAAACUGAAGUUUAAGUUCUGUGUACACUAAAUUGGAGAUGGUAUUGGUUGGAAUAAGCAAACUUGGUUGUCUUGUGAAAAUCUUUAUACGAAGUCUGUGUAUCCUGUGCCAUAAUGUUGUAGAGGUAUGAUCUGUUGCUAUUGUGAGAUGGAUUUUAACUGCUGCCCAGCAAGGAGUCAGUCAAAUGGCACCUCCUUAGGGACAUUUUAGCAUAUGCUUGAAAUGUUCAGGCCUUGUGGAAUAUGUACAGAUUAAAAAACAAACAAACAAAAAUAAUAAUCUUGUUGCUGACUUGCGUUCAUAUCUUUCCCUGCACUUUUUUUCUUAUAUUGGGAUACAGUCUAACUCAUCUGAUUUUAAUAUGCAUUUAAACAAAAUGCCAUAGAUUGAUAAACCACCUUGUUUACAGACAGAUGAAAUAAAUUUAUUCCAACCAGAA